AUGCAGUUGACAGAGUUCCUUGCUUCAGGAACCUUCCUGAUCCUGCUCCUUGUCCCGUGGUCCGACAGCCUUUCCUUGUCCUCGGAAGAAGCUAACCAGUUCUUGAGGAGACACAGAAGAGCGAAUCACGUUUUCGAGGAAACGAAAACAAGGCACCUGGAGCGAGAGUGUGUGGAAGAGAAGUGUAGCAAAGAGGAGGCGAGAGAAGUAUUCGAGAACGACCCUGAAACAUUCUCUCACAACCGCUGCAGCUUCUCCCUGGCUGUUCUUGCCAAGAAGGGAGUGUUCCUGGUUUUACCAUACCCCAACCUAGUCUCCCUGAGCAACGAACAGUUCUUCAGAUUUGCUAGCCUUAGGAGAUCACACAUUGUGUCUCUCACCAUGAAGAACUCCCGUUCCCUCUACCUGGGCCGGAUGUUCAGCGGUGUCCCAGUGGUCAGGCGCUUCCGCAGGAGAGUCCAGACUGGCUUCUCAGCUGAGUUUGACCUCCGUACCUGACCGGAGGGGGUCAUCUUCUUCGCUGGUGGUCUGAACAGUUCCUGGAUUGUUCUGGCAAUGCAUGGGAAACUGGAGCUGCAGCUGAGGUACGGGGCGGUCAGCCGGGUCACCAGCAGCGGCCUCGUCAACGACGGACAGUGGAGAAAGAUCUCAGUGGAGGAGCAGGGGCGGAGUCUGGUGAUAAAGAUUGACAGGGAGGCGGUGAUGAAGAUAGCUGUGAAUGGAGAUCUGUUCACCCUGAAGAGCUUGCAUGAACUCAACCUGACUGUAGGGGGCGUCCCUUUCAAAGAGGACAGUCUCAUCAACCAGGUGAACCCGAGGUUUGAUGGCUGUAUGCGCGAGUGGCGCGUUUCCUGGUUAACAGGAGAGGAUACGUCCAUUCAGGAGACCAUCAAGUCUAAUGACAACAUGCAGUGUUUCAGUACAGAAAACCCCGGAACCUAUUACCCUGGGACAGGCUUCGCUCUGUUCAACAUCACAUACGCAGAGUCCCAGUCUCUGAGUAUCCAGCUGACUCUGAGACCAGCCUCCACUGUUGGGGUUCUAUUGGCUCUGGUUUAUCAGGACAGCGUGCCUCUCUCCAUCUCUCUCUCCGACUACCACAGAGACAACCAGGAGUGGCGGGAGUAUGUCCUGGUCGCUGUGGGUGAUGUGAUCGUGGCCAGCGCCCCGGCCUUCCUGUGUGAUGCAGAGGUUCAUGAGGUCAAUGUGACGGUCAGUGGGAACCUGACCAUACUAGAGGUGGACGGUCAGCCUGGACAGAGUCCCACCACACCUGGACAGGAGACGGUUGACCUCAGUCUGCCUUCAACCACCUUUAUAGGAGGGGUCCCCGACGUGCCCCUGGUGUCGACCUCGGUGUCGUCUUUCUACCGCGGCUGCAUGGAGGUGACGAUCAACGGCCUGGCUCUGGACCUGGACGAGGCCUUCCACAAACACAACGACAUCCGCUCCCACUCCUGCCCUCUGCUGGGGGGGCUUGUGACCGCUGCAGUCCCCUUCAGCCCGUCCUCACUGGAGUCGGGGGAAGUUGCCCCUAGACACUGAUCUUGGGUCAGGUUGACAUUUCCCCCAAAUAGUUAAGGUUAGGAUUAGGGGGAGUGGAACCUGAUCCUAGAUCUGUAGCAAGGGGAAACUUCCCCCUGUCCACUACAGUCCACCAUACCCACAGGGCCUUAACCUAAGCAAGGAAUGAGUCCCAAAUAGCACUCUAUUCCCUAUAUGACCCCUAUGGGUUCUGGUCAAAACUAGUGCACUAUUUGGGAAUAGGGUGCCAUUUGGGAUGUACCCAGGAGCUGGCGAGUGGCCAACCCUUCUCCCGGCAACCCUUCUCCCGCCAA